AUGACGGAGGAAGUGCGUUUAUGGGCUAGGAAAGUCCUCAGCUGGGUGUUGUAUUCAAUACGGCCCCUCUCCCUCCCGGAAUUGGCGUCCGUGAUCGGUAUCGAGGAACGUGACGAAACGUCCGCAACUAGUGAGAAGGCGGACAACCUCAACAUGCUAGACCUAGCGGUCGACUCUCUGUCCGGCAUUGUCCGCAUCUCUAACAAUGUGGCCGUGCUUGGGCCUGCUGCAUACCAGUCUGAGAUUGAACUGGUCUUCGGGUUGCAAGGCGAAGCAGCUCAGUUGGAAAUCCUUGAAUCCUUGUCGAAGCACUUGCAAAAAUCCGCGGACCGCUUCCAGAAGCUGCGCCCCAACAUUCACGACUUGCCGAUACACUCUGUAAGGGACCUCCUGGCCGACUACACGAUGGAGUGCUGGCCGGAACACUAUAAGCUGGCGACAAACAACGCUACGACCCGACCCGGAGCUGUCAAUUGCCUUAAAGGGCUGCUUCAGCGACAGGAAACGUUGGCCUUUUGGGAUUGGUGCGGCCGGCCUACCAUGGGUAAGAAGGAUCUCGCCGUGCUGGAGAAUCGCGGCAGGGAGAGCACAUUGAUGCUGCAGAUCGCCAUUUUGGCAGCAAUUGGGUUCCAAGACCUGGAAGAAAUCGACACCUUGGUUGGGGGUUCCAGCUGGAGAACGGGACCGGCAUCCAUCCUCGCAGCGUUCGAGCAGGCGUUGUUGACGGGAAACGACAAUUUGGCAAUGGCCCUCGACUUCUCUGCUCUGGAUCAGGGGCAAAUCAAGGACCUGCUGGGCACCGCUACAGUAGUUGGGGCAGACCUUACCCCCGAUAUGGUCUCGCGCUUGAUGAUCCAAUCGCGCGAGAAACUCAGAAUCAUUGAUCACCCCCCGGACUUUCUGACGAUGCCGGGGGCGAUCACCGCGGACCAUCUCGAUCAAAUUUUCGCCGAAGAGCCAACAACAGCGGAAUAUACGUCAAAUCUUUUGGUUUCAGCCGUUCAGGAGGACCUUCAGACUUCUUUGGUGGAGAACUGCCGCACAGGGGACCCCUCUCUGCUUCAAAUUCUCCUCCCAUAUGUGGUGAAGGUGACAUUUGGACACGUCCUGACAGCAUGUUUCUAUGGAAACUACGCUGUCAUGGCUGGACUAAUGGAGCGGAUCAGGGAAGCCCGACACGAUGUCGGUUCUGGUACCAGCAGAAGGCAAAGCUUGCUUGGUGACCCUGAUGCAGCAAAGGCUCUUCUCUGCGCGGUGCUACAAGGUUUUACCCAAUGUACUGCGGUUAUCCUGCGCCACGCCGACUGCGAGAAAGACGUCAACCCGCUUCAAGAGACUAUCGACAGCUCCAUCCAAGCCCCUCGACACGAUGGCGUUGCUGUUGAAGAGCGGUUGGUUGCGCAGUGCGUGCCGCACGUGGACGAGCCGGACAUCAAAGGCAAAACCGCCCCGCACGCGGCUUCCUCCAGCGGGCGGCUUUCCAUCGUCCAGCAUGAAGUGGUGGAAGUCCUUCUUGCUUCGGGCGCGGAUGUGCUUGCGAUAACUGACGAGGGCUGGUCACCGCUUGAGGCUGCAUUCGACUUUCCCGACGUGCUUCGGCAUCUUUUGGGCUCCAAGGCAAAUCCCCGUCCUGACUUCAGGCGCGCGGUACGGUCCAGAGAUGAAGACUGCACGGCGCUCUGGAUGGCCAUGGACGAUGGAUGUGGCGAAUCAGCACGGCUCAUCUUGCAAAACGGCGAUCCGGAUGUCGAUUUCGUCGGCCGAGAGUACCGCGGGCGAAGGACGCUUCUUUCGACGGCGACGAGCAACGGGUGGGCUGAAAUCGUGAGACUGCUCCUUGAAAAGGGGCCCGACACGAAAUGCCCAGGUGACGAGCUUGUGAGCCGGUCAUCGCUUGUCCACCUCGUCACCGACGAGGACACAUUUGCGGUGCUCCUGGAGUAUAACGCGCCGCUGGAAGAGACAGACGAGGGGGGCUUGACACCUCUGGCGCGCAACAUCAUUUCGAGCCAUGGCGAUCCCCCGUCAGGGAUCAUACGACGACUUCUCAACGCCGGUGCCAACUCACAGUGUGAGAUUCGCGGUGUCACCGCUCUCUCGUAUGCUACAGCUAUUGAAAACAUCGAGCUGCUCGACCUUUUGCUGCGUAAAGGCGCGGGCAUCAACCACAUCGGCCCAGAGAGUGUAACAUCACUCCAUCUUGCCAUUUUGUCAGCGAAUGACGUUGACAUUCUACGGUAUCUCGUGGAUGAGGUCGGCAUCGAGGUCCUGACUACUGGCGAAGGCAGCGCAUGCAAAGCUAGUGUAUUCCGGACGCCGUUCGGCGAAGCUUGCCGCUCGGGUAGCAUUGGCGCCGUGAGGCUAUUCCUAGAACACGAGGACGACAUUCAUGAGAUGGAUCCUACCAAGCAGCCGUCCUGGUACAACCUUGGUAUCCGCGAACAUGACGCAAUAGAAGUAUUUGAUACGCUGUGCGCCGUCGGCGGUCCGGCCUUUCAGUACGAGGCAGCGAGGGACAUUCUUGGUCGGACGAUACUUCAUAUGGCUGCUUUCGGGGGGCAUCAUGAGCUGGCGAAACGUCUCUUGGAAUUGGCGCCUGGUCUUUUGUCUGUUCCUGACAAGAACGGAUGGAGUCCGCUUCACUGGGCUGUACGGAGAUCUCGGCUCAAAAGGGAAAACGGGACGGGGGCAGAUCUGAAGGAUAACGAGGAGAACAGGCUGAAAGUGGUACAGCUACUUCUUAAGCAAGAUCUCCCAGCCCUAGUGCUGCCUAUAAAGCUGGCGGGCAAAGGCCACAGCUUGAUGGCACCGGCGAGGCGUUUUGCCGCAGGCGCAGAGAUUUGCAAGGUGCUUGACAAGGAGCUUGGCGGACGACUUGAUGACGAUGGCGAAACUCCUGAGGAGCUGUUGUAUCAUGGAUGGGCGUGCGAUGUUUGCGAUUCGGAGCUUCGAGGCGAUGCCUCAGUCUGUCAGCACAAACUAUGCCGCGAGAGGUUUGGUCUCUGUUGGUUAUGUGCGCCGUAUCAGCGCGAAGUGCGCGACCUGUCUCACGAGUUCAAGCGCUUCAGUCUAGCUGUGCCGAAGGAGCCUCUUGAUAGGGAGAAGCUGGGCAGCGGCGAAAGGAGCACCGGCUACGGACACUUUUACCGCUGA